UCAUAUUUAAGCUAUAAGUGAGGUGUUUUUGUUGUGUGUUUUGUUAACAUUCAAAUGGCACAGUAGGAUUUUCCAUUAAGAAUAGAUUGUUUCAGACGGUCGGGAACGGACCAAUAAAAACCGUCUAACCAAUGACACAGCGCUGACCGGAACGCCUAUCGCAGUUCAGCCUCCCACGUCCAGACACCUCCCACUUCCGGAUACCCACGCUGGCAGUGAGCCAGACUCGACUCUUGUGAGCAGAAGAAAAACAUCCGCCAUCUUGUCUGUCAGUCGAAGUUCCCACACUGCAGUGCGGUAUUGUUGUUUUGGGUUAAACAUGGCGUCGGUGAGCUGUCCGUUACAGAGAACCUUCUCCCGCCCCGCCACCAGCCGGGUAAUCUGUCCGGAGCGGUUAUGGGUGUUGUCGGUGCAACGUUACGGGAGAGACCGAGGCUUCAGCCUCUAUUUCCCCCAGAACAUCAGCUCCUCAGACAGCCUCUACGACGCCACUCUGACAGAUGGGGACUGCAGGCUGCGUGUGACCCUUGACCCCAACCUCAACCGUCUGGUGGAGAGGAACGUGUUCCGGUGUGGCGCUCAGCUACGACAUGUUAGCUUUUCACCCGGGGAGUCUGUAGGGGAGGAGGAGGAGGAGGAGGAGGGAGGAGGAGGAGGAGGAGGAGGAGGAGGAGGAAGGAGGAGGACUUACAGGCUGGUGAGUGUGGAGGUGGCUGGUGAUGGAGGAGGGGAAGGGGGAAUGGAGGGACUGACUCCUGGGGUGGAGCCGGAGAGACUGCCAUGGUACGGAGCCCAACCAGACCCAGCCCUAACCCCAGGCCCAGUCCACCUAGAGAGGGCCCAGGCCCCCAGCUUGCUACCCCUCAGGGCCAGGAGAAGCUGCUAUCUGCCCCUCUGGAACAACCAGGACUACAGUGGACCAGCCUGGAGGGAGAAACCCAACGCGGAGGACUCAGACCAGGACGUAGAGGAUGUUCGGGCGACAGUGACGCUGGCUGAACUGCAGGAGGACUUCCUGUCCCGUAAGGGCGGUGCCACAGCGAGGAGGGGUGUGGCCAGGGGUGUGCUGGUGGUGCGAGUUCUAAACAAGUCCAGAGUGAUGUAUUAUGGGAAAUCCGACAGCAAUUGUUUAUGCCCUUAUAAGGCGCUGUUGGAGGUGUGUGACGUGUCGGGGUGUGUGUGUGUGUGUGUGUUGUGGAACAGUGUGUGUGUGUCGUGGUAUGGCAGACUGAGACCAGGUCAGGUCUUGAGAACAAGAGGCUUCAGAGUCAAGGAGAGCUACGACACGAGAGACCACCAAGAGAUAGAGAUCAGUCUGAACUCCAGGAACCCGUCAGCUGAGAUCUCUAUCGUCCCAGAAUUCUCUCUGUCUGCCGACGUCCGUUUGCUAUGUCCCUCCUACUCCUUCUGCAAUGGGAAGGAUCUCCUCAGCUGUCCCCACGGCAACAUCUGCGAUGUCAUCGGCCUGGUUGCGUUCUCUGGUCGGCCUGAAAGAAUCAGGAGCGAGGAUGGACAGGGUAAAGAGCUGUUGGAGUAUCGGUGGCUCCGAUUGGAGGACGGGACUUCUGAUCAACCAAUCAUGAUAAAGCUCUUCUCAACGUCUCAACCAGAGACGCACAACAAGAUACUCCCACUAUCUGUAGUGGUGUGUACCAGACUCCAAAUAGUCAGAGAUUCAUCCUGCUGUUACCUCACCAACACUACCUACACACAGAUCUACUGCACAGGUUCUGGCCACCACUCAGUGAUGCCCUACAGGAAGCUCCGCCCAGUGCGUCAGUUUGUCCAAUGGCUGCGGAGCGUGGAUGACAGACAGGUGCUGAGCAGGGCUGUGGUUGGUGGAUACUUCAUCUACCCGCCCCCUCCCGUCUCACUGGAUGCCUUCAUGAAGAACAGAAAAGGUGAACUUGGCCUGCUGAGGGGGGCGGAGCUUAAGUGGGAGGCGGAGCGACUUCAGUACAGAGAGAGACGCAGCUUCUGUAUCCAGGCAACCGUCACCAUGGUUACUCACUGCCGUAAAGGAAUGGAGGACCAGUGUCUAGUGUGGACAGACAGGCCUGCUGCUUUCUCCCCCCGUCUCCCUCCCUCCUCCCCUCGUCUCCCUCCCUCCUCCCCUCAUCUCUCUCCCUCCUCUCCUCGUCUCCCUCCCUCCUCCCCUCAUCUCUCUCCCUCCUCCCCUCGUCUCCCUCCCUCCUCCCCUCGUCUCCCUCCCUCCUCCCCUCGUCUCUCUCCCUCCUCCCCUCGUCUCCCUCCCUCCUCCCCUCGUCUCCCUCCCUCCUCCCCUCGUCUCUCUCCCUCCUCCCCUCGUCUCCCUCCCUCCUCCAAAUUGAGUCCCAGGCUUCUGAUGCUGAGAGGAGGGUUAGGACUCAGCAACGGUAAAUCCCCGAAGCGAAGGCUUUUCAGCAGUGCUGGACCCCCCAGGAAGAGACUGACUCUGGGGACCCAUCCAGAGGAGGAGAACGACACAGAGGGCGGUCUGUGGGAAGCCUCCAUGGAGUUCCUGGAUGAUGAAGAUGAUGAGGAUGAUGAUGAUGACGAUCAGGCCUUCCUCACGGCCCCCUCCUCUCCUGUCUCGUUGUUGGGUGGUUGUCGGCUGGGCCUGGCUCGCGUUGCCAUGGAGACGGUGCCCUUACAGUACUGCCCGGCGAGCAGGGAGCAACAGGCGAUUGCCGUGGAGAUGCAGACGGGAGAGUUCCAGGACCUUCGGUGUUGUGGAGGUCUGGAGGACUACAGCCCUACAGUGAGCUACACCCAGACUGGACACUACACUCUCACACUGAGAGCUCUAUCUGAUGGGGUGAUGGUAGAUGCAGUGUUCCUUCCUGGAAGCUCCGCCGCCAGCACCCCUUCAGGCCCCUCCCCUCCACAUGGCCCCUCCCACUCUGACCACUGGUUCACCAUCCUGACGCACGGAGGCUUUUCAGCACACACACCUCCACCUGCACCAGCGGACCUGAUCGCAACGGCCUCCCAGCUGUCCAAUCAGAGGCUGGUGUGUGUUUUGGAGGUGUGUCUUCUGGGAGGAGACAGAUUGGAGGUGGUCCUGAGUAGAGCCUUCCCUCUGAGAGACUGACCUCAUCAUCAUGCGUCAUAUUCAAGUCUAAUGGAACCUAUGUGGGAGUCAACUAAAUGUUUGUCAUUAUUCGAUCUUAGCGAAUCACACGAGUGUAAGGUGUGGCCCCGAAUCAAGAAGCGUGUGGAGCGGGAGAUGAUUGGUUAAAGAAAAGCUCAUGUCAAAACUUUUUUGCCGUUUUUCUAUUGGUUAGUGAAGACCACGUUUGGAGCUUUUGUUCACGAGACUUUCCAUGGAAGGAGGAACGAGGAAGGAGGAACGAGGAAGGAGGAACUAAAAGACUGACACACACCCUUUCUCUCUCUCUGACACACACACACACACACACACACACACCUUUCUCUCUCUCUGACACACACACACACUCAC